AUGAGUGCAAUGGCUCUACCAUUCUCUGACAAUGCAGUGUUGGCAGUGUCAAUAGGCUCCUCCAUUCUCUACGCAAUCAAUGUUAGAUCCGAGCCGUCCUUCUCGCGCAUGACAUUCAAGACGACAGCCACGGCACUACUCGCGCUCUUUGCCUUCACACAAGGUGAACACUGGCAACUAGUUCCAGCUCUCGCACUUGGAGCAAUAGGCGACGCCUUUCUUGCCUGGUCCGGCGAUGCCGCAUUUCUCCGGGGACUGUCCAGCUUUCUGAUUGCGCAUCUAUUCUACGUCUCGCUCUUUGCGGGCAUCGGCAAUGGAGUCGACUUCCUCCUCAACGACAAGCUGCGCCUAGGUCUGGCCGGAGGAAUGCUACUCCUAGCACCGGUGAUGAGCCUCACGCUCAUGCCAAAUGUCGCCAAGUCACUGCAAAUACCAAUCACAGUUUACUCGGCUGUCAUUUUGACCAUGGUGCUGGCCGUUCUCACUGUGGACAACAACCAGGUGGUUAUUGGGGCUGUGUUGUUUGCCAUAUCCGACACCGUCCUCGCAACAGACGAGUUUUUGAUGCCCAAAGAUUCUGGAUAUCGAGGGCUGAUGCAGUAUGUCGUGUGGUUGUUUUAUUACACGGGGCAGCUUCUUAUUGCUGCUGGGCUUGUUGACGGUUGGGAUUGGCUCAACAAAGUACAAUAG